AUGGAUAAGCCGGACUUGUACAACCUCGGGUGUGCUCCCAUCACGCUGCUGGCCGCCAAACAGAUUGACGAGCUGUGGUCGGUCUUCACGUGGCCGAAGCAGCCGCUGCCGGUGCUCGACAUUGGCUGCGGGCCCGGUGACGUCACCAGGAAGGUUUUAGCCCCACGGCUGCCGCCGGGUACGAAGCUGGUGGCCUGCGACAUCAGCCCAGAGAUGCUGGAGUUCUGCAGGCAGCACAACGCGCUCCCAGGCACCAUCACGUACGAGCAGCUGGACGUGGUUCAGCCCGACCUGGAGAACUCCGCCGUGUGGCAGUACGCGCCCUUCGGCAAGGUGUUCUGUUUGCUGCUGCUGCAUUGGGACGUGAAGCAGUUCGUAUCUCCGUACCAGCACAGUGAGGACCCAGUGAGCGACUUCCGCCAGCUGCUGCAGACUGAGGGCUACCAGGUGCUGCGCUGUGACGUAACGCCGGAGGUGGUCUUCUUCCCGAGUGAGAUGCAGCGUAGAGGUGAGCAGCUCCUUUACCUUUAG